AUGGCGAGAUUUAAUGAAAAGAACGGUGAAUGCAUGGAAGAAAAGAACAAUGUUCAAAUUGAUCCAAAUGAUACUAUUACGUGGAUCAAAUAUGUAAUUAAAGGUCAGCCAACAAAACGUUCAAAUAUUCCUGAAUAUUUGUGGACCAAAGCAAUCGGCUCUGACCCAUGUUUCGGUGAGAAAGAGUUUGAAGCAAUGAUCGAUAUUUGUCACAUAAUAGGAGAGUGGUACAAUGUCGUAGUAGAAGACUACAAUAGAGGUCAAUCGGAUGAUAGAAAAUUCGAGUAUUUUGGUCAUUUGUAUGACCAACAUUUUAAAGAUGCAAGAGUUAAGGUUAGAUUUACUAAUACACUUAGAAAUUAUGGGAUGAAUGUUCAAGAUAAGCAGGACGCCCUUAAGUUAUUAGAUAUUGCUCCUGAUCAACCGCAAGGUUUUCAGAAAGCAUUUGAAGGAUGUGUGAGAUGGUUUUAUAGAAGGAACUAA